CUUGUUCAAUCAACUACUAAAUUUCAGAUUCGUUUUUAAAAUGAAUACAAAAUUCUGUGUGCUGGUUUUGCUCGUUGUUUGCAUUGCUAGUUUUGUGUCGGCGAAGCCACAAGGAGACCUUAAAGCCUCUACCGACUGUGGGGAAAAUGAAGAAUACACAACCUGCGGCAACGUCUGCCCAAAGAGAUGCGUAGGAGGCCUUCCUUUCUGCUCACUGCGCUGCUUCAUUGGUUGUCGUUGUAAGAGUGGUUAUGUGUUGAAUAAAGAGAACAAAUGUGUGCUUCAAGAGGAUUGCUAAGUGAUAAAUGUUGUUGAGAAUAA